AAACGGGUUCUGAGCUCUUUAUAAAGCACUCUCCGCCUUUGUGAUCGAAGUUUGCUUUCAGUUUCAAAACAAUAAUUAGUAAUUUAAUGGCGCGGUUGAUUGCUUCAAUUAAAAUUAGGAUACAAUAAUGAAAUACUACAAUAAUACAAAUAAUAUCAACUUUAAAUGGGAACAAGUCAGCAAGGCAAUCUUUCUAAGAUACCCAAACCCCUGGAGUAAACAUGUAUAUAGUGAAGAUACAAUUAGUAGAACUGUUGAAGGUCCCAUACUUAAAACUGUUCGUCUGCUUACUAAAAACACUGCAGUCAAAGCGCCACAAUUCAUGGGAAGAUUCGUUCCCACUGGACCAGUUUGUAUAGUUGAAGAAUCUCACAUAGACGCAAUGAAAAAAACAAUUAUUACAUAUACCAGAAAUACUGCAUUUAAUCAUAUAGCUAACGUUGUUGAACGCUGCGAGUUUUCCCUUUCAAAAGACAACAAAAAUAAAACGCUAGUAAAACGAGAAGCGUGGGUUAUCUCUAAUGUAUAUGGUUUAUCGAAAGCUAUAGAAAUGUUUUUUUUUGAUCGUUACAAAAGUCAAGUGAAAAAGUCUUUAAAGGGGUUGGAGUACAUCCUUAACAAGAUGUAUGUACCAGAAAAGAUACUUUCAAUGGAUUUAUCUCACUCGCUGUCUCGAACUGUUCCUUUGGCGCAUAGAAUUUAGUUUUAUAGAGAAAUAAAUUUUUUACACCUU